AUGCUGCUGCGCCUGGUGCCCGAGUUCGAGCUGCGGAGGGACGUGCUGCCCUGGCUGGCGGAGCGGGGCUGCGCCGCGGCUCUAGACACUUCUGAGAAUUCAUCAGCAUUCUACGUUGUAAAUGUUGAAAGAAAUGGAAAAAUUAUUUAUACCUGGAAGGGAAACCAGAGAAACACUCACAUUGGAUUGUAUGAUCUUCAAACGAAGCAAAACGAGCACCUCUAUAUGUUUGAGAAGAAUCUGCACAUAAUCAGCUGUUCAAUCAACAAUGAAAGGACCUUAUUGGCAGUCAGCUUCUGUCAAUAUACAGAGGAAGAAAGAGCAACUCAGCUCUUACAGUCAGUGUCCAAGUAUUUAACCUUGCUAAUUGAAAUUCAUCCCAUUAAUAAUGUGAGAGUGCUAAAGGCUGUGGAUAGCUGUGUUCGAGUACAGUUUCUUUAUCCAGUUGAAGGCAGAAAUGCUUCCAGAGAAAGUCGUCUCUUGCUAGUUUCAGAAGAUAAAUAUAUUGAACAAUUUGACAUUCAUGUUGUUGCAGAAGAAGAACACAAAGUGGUGAUUCAGAAGUCAGGUCAGCUUCCAAGAGCCAGAGUUGCAGAUGACCUCGUUUGGGCACAGUGGGAUAUGAUGGAGCAAAGACUCUUCUACAUUGUUCCAAAGGAAUCAAAGAGUACUUUAAGGUGUGUCCAGUUUUAUCCUGAGGAAAAUUUUAAUUCAAUACUGGAAUCACACCUGGAUAUUGCUGUAAAUGACACACAAUUAAAACUUGUGAAUUUUGGAUAUGAUUACUGUCAAGAUCAAGAUGUUGCAUCUAAAUCUUUGAAAAACCUUCAGGUUUUCACAAGUAAAGCAGGAGGCUUGUGUGUGUGUUGUAGUCUAGUCUCUGAUAUUCCUCAUGAGAUCAUAUACUCCAUAUAUUUUCUACAUAAAGGUUACAACAAAACUUUUACAGUUUCUCUAGAAAGAGCAGAAUCUCAUCAAUUGAAGGAAGUGGCUUUUAUGAAUCUUGACUAUUAUGUGGCUGCUUAUUUGCCUGGCCAGUUCCUGCACCUCCUGAACAUUCAACAUCCUGACAUGCUGUGCUAUAGUUUGUUUCUGACAGGUGAGGAUGCAAGAAUUGACACGUUACAAAACUGUUCCAUCCGGUGCCCAUGGGUGUCAGCAGCCCUGGACUGCAGUGCAGGAAGUCUGUACCAUGUGAGCAUCAGUGACAGUGCCUUGCUGCAGCUCCUACACCAGAGCAAACGAGACUGUGAGAGAUUGGCAGCUCUGCAUUGUGCCCUGCUCUACUUCCAACACACAGAAGAUCUGGAAAUGCAGAUUAUUCAAUGGAUUUCUGAGAACCUGUCAACAUGUCAUUCUUUUGACCCCAUUCAAGAAUUUAUCAUUGCCUCCCUGUACUGCAGACUGUGUCCAGAAACUGAGAACCUGGAUAAACUCCUGCCCUACACAUCACUGCAGGACUGGAUUGGGGCUGUCCCUGGAGUAAUAUGUGCCACAGACAUUAUUUCUCUGCCUGUGUUAGAGUUCCAAAACUCCAAAGGCUUCUGGGAGAAACUCAACUCCAACCUGGAGAGUGUGAAGUAUGCAGAGCCACACUUGCACUACCACAGUAAGGUGCUCAGGAGGGAAUGGUGCAACCUUUCAGAAGAGAGAGAGGAGAGAAGAACCACAGCAUAUUUGAGGAAUAUUUUUGAAAAUGCCAAAAAGGUGCUUUCUCAUCUGGACACUUGGGACUCUGGGGCAAGGCUGGUCCCUCUCUUUGAGGAGGAGGAUUAUCAGCAGCAGCUGCUCAUGGGACUGUAUGCACUGGAAGAUCACAGCAGUGAAGAGCAGAUCAACCCUGUCCUGUCCACAUCUGAGGCAAAUUUCCUUCUUUGCAGUGGUCUCCCUGUUUCCAAGUUUUGCCUCUCAUUCUCUGCACCUUCUCUACAUUCCUUCCUCUCUGUUUAUUCAGACAGAUCCAAAAAACAGAUGGUUGCUCAGCUGAAGGAUCACCUUAUGAGACAUCUACAAUAUGUUGGAAAAAAGAAGAUUGACCAAAUAGUUUUGGAUUAUGUUGCAAACCUGCUGAAUCUGGUGCAUCGAAUAAUGAAAGAAGUUUGGAGGAGAUACCAGCUUCAUUCCUGUAUCUUCUGCUUUGAUGAGAGAGGAAGUGCAGCAGAGUUUGCGGUGUUCCACAUCAUGAGUCGGAUUCUGGAAGCAGCAAAUGGCAUGUGCAUGCCUUUACCUCCUGGUUUUCACACUCUGCACCUGGGACUUGGUGUUCGAUGUCUGCCUCUGCACACCCUCCUGCACUACAUUGACAAUGGCAUCUUGCAAUUGACAGAAACGUGUGUCAGGAAAUUGCUGAGAGAUCUGGAUGACACUGAACAGAAUGAAAAGCUGAAGUUUAGUAUUGUCAUGAGGCUUCCAGAGGCUCUUGGUCAAAAGGUCCGCCAGUACUGGAAUCAUCCGAUAAAUGCCAAUUUCAUAGCACGGAAAUAUGUGAAACUCUUGCUUGAGAAGCUGGGAAACAGGCAGUGCAGCAGGCCUGUCCCUGAGAGACUCUCCUUCCCUGUGGAGUUUCUGCCACUGAACUACCUGACUAACAUGCUGGCAGAGAUAGAGAAUCAAGGUGUGCAUCCAUAUGAAAACCAAGACCAUGUAAAUGCAAGAUUUGUAGAGGAAACAGCACUCAAGCACACUAUGACACUUCUGGGCCUCAAAUACUCCUGAAAUAGCAUGCUGUUGAAGAAGGCUGUCAAAUGUGGUGCCUCUGUAAAAGUAUUUAUUUAAAUGAAAUGUUGUUUCCAAAAUAACCUGCAGUUUUGGGCAGUCACCAGUACUGACAUGAGCUACUAAAAGAGUGUUUGGUCCAACAAACUGAGGUUGAAAUUACUGACUUCUAGAUAAGUCCUAGAGAAAUGCAUUUGACAUAACCCUAGGUUUGAAAUAUAUCUCUGGGUUCAUUUUGAAGUAGAACAACAGUGUCAAAACAUGCUGUGAAAAUUGGUAUAAAUGUCACUUCUUUUAACAAGACAAUGCUGGAAAAGGCAGUCCAGUUGCAGGGUUACGAGAACUAGUAACUGUUUACUUGGAUUAAUAAAAGGAUUUCUUGGUGUGAUUGUGUAAAGCAGGUAAGAAUAACAGAUGACCUUUUAUGUCAGGCCUGAGUGAAGAGAUAGUCAUUCCUUGUUGGUGGUAUCAAUUAUCUUAUGGUACUUCUGCUUCUGAAGCUGCAUUCUAAUAUUUUCAGUUUUGUAAUUAGCACAAAAUGUAAUCUCUUUAAAGUGCACGUGACUUUGUGCACAGAUUUUGUUGAGGGUUUGUUUGUUUAUUUGAGGUUUUUUCCUUGUUUUUUAAAGAUAUGUAUAAUAUAUUGUAAGUAAACAGUAUAAGAAAAAAGCUUUAGAAAUUGAUCUUAACAUUGGCUUGCAGAGAGUUUUACAUAAACUUUUAGUGUUACAGUUCAAACUUCAGCUUCAGAAAGAAAUUAGGCAGGCUGUUUUUCCUUUGUUUUCAACUUCUGCUUGUAUGUAACUGAGCCAAUGUUGUUUACUCUUUUGUUUUAAGUUCUGAACUGUGACAUUAAUUUCAAAUAGGAAUAGCAAUGUGCUACACAGAGAAAAUUGCCAAGUUGUGCCAUGCAGGAUUUCUGCAGCCUUUUUUGGCUUUAAAAAAAACCUUUACAAAAUUCCAGACUAUUAAACUAGACAAACUCAUUAAUAUUUUAUACAUUUGGGAGGUUUUCAAAACAACCUCUGACCUCUCUCUGAGUGGUUUCCAUUGAUGCUCCCUGUUCCUGAGCAGUGAAAUAAAAAGAUCCAGUUCCUUGUCAUUGCCACCAGUGAAGCUUUAGCUUUCUUAGUGACUGCAUAGUGAGAAGAAAAACAUUUCUCUUAACAUAACUAGAAUUUCUCUGGCAAGUGUAAACUCCAGUCCCAGACUGCAGAAAGCCAUGUUGUGUGUGGCUAUAAGUGAUGGACACUUUGUACUAUAUUAAUAACAGGAGAAGUUUUCCUAGCCUUUUCUUUUUAACGAAUGUAUUUUAACAUACCUUCAGAUGCAAUAAAACUUUACCUGGAAAAAAUUUAA